AUGGCUAUCCUUCACCUCCUGACUCUCGGCCUCACCGCAGCUGCGAUGGCAUCUCCAGCCCCAUCCAACGACGCAACACCCACAGACCCAAAGGAGGCCCUCGUUAGAAAGAACGACUGGGACAAUUAUCUCAAAUACAAGGCUAGCUUGGGCACUCAGGCUUCCGGCCAGGCAGCUGUGCAACGCAUAUGCGACCUGGUUCUCUGCCUGGGUCCAAAUCACACCGGGGAAUGCAGCCUUUGGUGCCACUACAAAGGAAAGCUUCAGAGCUUUGAAGAAGCGAAGCAGCGAGAGAUCACAAUGUCGACAUAUUUCACAAAGUCCGAUCGUUGUAAUUUCUACGCUUCUGGUGCGAAGAAGUGUGACAUACCAACCUUGAUGAGCCAGGAUACCUUCCACCAGCUCAUUUAUCACGGAGGGGUUAUACCUGAGGGUAAUUUCAUGGAUGGACUGAAGGGAAAGAUGGGAUGCGUGGUCUGCUCCGACGAUCCCAACCUGCAUCCUGAUUCGGUGCUUUGA